AUGGACUGUGUUCUUCAUUUACAGAACCUGCAAAAAUAUUCUGAGAAGCUCCAUUUAUUGCAGGGUGACAAGAAGAAUCAUGGUUCUGCCCAGUCAGUCUCCCUGUGUAGCAGGGUUAUGUUCUCUGGCGGAGGAAUUGAAAAACGAGGCAUAAGCAAAGCCGUGAACAAGCGCAGCAGCAGCAGGAGAAGCAGCAGCAGCAGCACCGGCAGCGGCAGCACCAGUGGAAGCAGUAGCGGAAGUGGCAGCAGUAGUGGAAGCAGCAGCGAGAGUGGCCGGAGCAACAACAGUGGCAGCAGCAGUGGCAGUGGUAGCGGAAGUGGCAGCGGUAGCACCCCCCUCGGCUCCCCCCCGCACGUGCAGAUGGCUUCCCACGAGUCACUCAACUCAGAGUCCAAGUCCAGCUCUCUCAACUCCAAACUUGGACAUGAGUCUGUAAGUAACAAGACACAGGAAGCUACAAAUUACAUUGUUCUUAUGCAUAAUACAUCCAUAUGCAGUAUCGAAGUGUUUGUAUAUUGA